AUGCCAACUUUGUGGAAACGGAUCGUGUUCUCCUUCGCUUCUAUACUCAACAUCGGUUCUGUGGUACUUCUGGUUGUGGCCCUCUCCACCGAGCGCUGGAUCACCGGGACCAUCUUGUGUCAGACAGGAGUGGAUCUGGUGAACGCGUCUAACCCAGAGCUCGAGCAGUUCACAGGAUACAUUUACUACGGGCUCUUUCAGGGCGGGAAAACGCGGAAAUGCGGGCUCGGGACACGACGCUCCAAAAUAUAUAUGUUCCCAAAGCUCAUUAAAAAAAUCAAUGGUGGACUUCACAUGAUCAUUAUCUUAUUCAUUUUCAUCGCUAUUGGCUUUGCAGUGGUCAGUUUAGCUUUCUGUAUAUAUAAUGCCAGAAAGGUUCCAUACCAAUCUAUCAAAGGACCUCUUGGCCUCUACCUCUGGAAUUUCAUUGCCGGUAAUGCAAUGGGUUUUGCAUGUUUCCUUGCAUCGGUUCAGUGCCAUCGGCUCACAGAACAUGUGGCCAACUACCGGGAGAGUCUAUUUAGCCUGGUGGUCAUUGAGGAGAGUCUUGGCUUCUCCUUCUGGUUAUGCGUUGCCAGUGCGAUUACACAUGGAGUAAAUAUUCUUGUAGUUGCCUCCAGUAAAAUUCACCUGCCUAAAAUACAAACUAAGAAACCAGAGGAACCCACAGCCACAGGCGAAGACUUCCUCUAUUAA